GGUGUCAGUUGCCGACGAAAACAAGUGGCGAGCGCUUCUACAAAAUAAAAUAAAAUAAAUAAAACCGAAUAACGAAAAACAAACACGCGCACGAACCGAAAGCAAACAAUCGGACGGCGAUAGUAAUAAAAAAAAAAAAAACCCGACAAUAAUCCGUAAUAGUGAUCGCCGCGUACAACGAUAUUCGACGAGGCGCGCGCGUGUGAAAAUCCUCGGCUCGUUCGCGCGCAAACGUUGUCGAACAACGCCGUUUCCCGCCAUUUCUCGAACGGCCGAAAAACCCGAAAAACGUCCGGCACGGGCGCGCGCCCGACGGUUACGUCGUUCGUCGCACGCCUCACCCGACCGCUCCCGGUGCCGCCGCCGUGGACGUCUCAACGGCCGUGUUCUCGACGGCCCGUAUCGUCGCGGCGGUGUUAUCUCUCGAGUGCGCUCGCGUCCCCGACGGUACCGCCACCGACGCCCGGGCCGUCACCAGUCGUCAUGACGUUCGCGGCCGCGGUCGAAUUCGCCAUGGUGUCCGUCGGCAUGUUCGCGUCCAGCGCCGGCGUGGCGAUCGUCGUCGUCGCCGUCAUCGCGUAUUCCGUGCACGGCAAGCUCAACAGAAACAAACUGCUGUACAUCCAACAGCGGGAUAUUUUGAAUAAUAGAUUAAAAGUGAAAGUGGCGUCCAAGGCGGAAGAUGACCAAGAGAAGUUUUUUGAAGUCCGCGAUCAUCUGGAACGGCUAGUGGAAGGGCUGGUGGACGGUUGUCUGGACGAUGUAUGCCUCACACCCCUGUCCACCCACCCACAAUACAUGUCGAUAUGUUGGAAGUACCACGAACAACUGGCCACGACGCUGACGGCAGCCAUACACUCCAUCAUAAACGAAUCCGACGAAUUCAAUGAUAUUCCUAUGAAGUUAAAUAACAUUUUAAAAGAAGUGUCGAACGACGUAGAACAUCUUCCAGAACUACUAGCCGCUCAGAAAAAGUGCGCUGUUCCAUUGGCGGAAGAUUUAAACGAAAAGAAUUACGAAGAUCUAUUAGCCACCGCUAUAUUAAAUAAGAUAAUCGCGAACAGCCAAACAAGAAAAAGGGCAAUACCCAAUGGGCGAACUCGAUCGACUAAACAUCUUUCAAAACAAUCGGAUUUAAACGACGACACUUCCAAGUCGGGAAAAAGAGAAGAUUCUUGGAGAUCCCCUCGCGUGUCGUUGACUGUGACGGAGCUCACAGAAGAAGUGACAACGACCAGUUAUAAUACGUUCUCGGAUAUCGAAGGAGAUUACGACGAUGGAUACAACGAAGGCGACGACGAUGACGACGAGAGAUCGCAAUCAGCUAUCGGGAUGUUCAUGUCGAACGCGAAACUGCUCCGAGGACACCACGUUCCGCUUCCCGAAUUCGGAUCUGAUACCUUUGACGAGGGCAGCGUCGUCGACCCGGAUGAUCAAGGGAUCAGCACCACGGUGGACUCGUGGGAAGACAAUUGGUUGUUCCAAAAGAAAAGGGUCAGCCGUCCGUCCGGCUCUAACAAUUAUCAUCACCAUCCCGUGCCCGUGCCGAUGCUAGUGCCGAACCCGUGCGAAGUGACCAGGCCUCUGAUCGGAGAUCGCGACGCCGACGAAACGUCUGAACUGUCCGACUACUCGAACUCCGCUCUGGACGAGCUACUCGAACUAUCCGAUUUCGAGCCGGAGCAGCAGACCAGCAAUAUGCGUCCAACCACCGACCAAUUGAUUAUGUUCGAGGGCCCCAGCAGCGAGGAGGACAAUCCGUUGAACUGGGAUCCGGUGGUGGAAGCUUGCAACAAGCACGUGGCGCUCUCCCAAGUCGAUUCUGGCCAGGGUUCCAUGGACCACCAGAGAGAUUUUGACAACAGCUCACUAGAAGUUCACGAGAGACCGGUGCCCAGGCCCAGGACCAGUUGGACGUCGAACGCCACUGACAGCGAGAUCAAUUCGACGUCUUCCGAGGAAGUGGUAUUGCCGCCAGUAAUCGUACGUAAAGAUGAAUCGUUGCCUCCCAGGCCAGGGACGAUAGCGGAACGAGAACAUCUGAAAUGGGAAAAAGCUACACCACUGACGAACAACCCGUACUCCGCGGAGAACAUUGAGAAGCGCAAGUACAAGUCGAUGUUCGGCAGCCGGAGCAGUAGCGAGGCGUCGCUGCAGAACUUGAGCAACGGACACGAUACGUCUGUCCCAUUGAAAAUAAUUUGCAGCCCGUCGUUACCAGACACGCAACGGUACGGUCGAGACUACUACAUUAAUCGGUCCGGGGAGUCCAAAGCCGAACAAAAACAGACGAAGGUGACGACCAGACUGGUGGUGCAGAUCGGCGGCGUCGCGGACCACGCGGAACGGCGGCACACCGAGAGCGGUGCUGACGGACCGGGGACGGCGGUCGUCGGUCAGCCGGCGGCGGCCAGCAACACGGCGCGCGACAAACUGGUUCGGGUGUGCUCGUGGUCGGACAGGCGGGACAGCGACGGCGGCGGUGCGGGUGGACGCGGCGGCCCCAGGAGUUCGGUGGUCGAGUCCGCGGACGACGUGCACAUGCCUUCGGUCAAAGAACUGGCCAAACAGUUUUCGUCCAACAACGUGGACAAAACGAAGAACCUGAACCGUCAAGUUCAUAGCUUGACGGCCAGGAGUCUCAGUCGGGAGUACAGGGAAGGGCUGGGAUUGAAGGUGCGCGAAAAAAACGGACACGCCAUUCAGGACUCGGACGACAGCGGAAACGGAUCGGUCAGGUCCGAAGACACUACCACCGCGGCGAAGGUCGUCAUCAGCCACCCGCAGGCCUCAUGAAAGGACUAUUAAAUAAAUAUUGUAUAAUCUAUUAUAGGCAUAGUUUAUAUACUAUCAAUAUAAAUAUAUUUAAUGCUGAGUAAUCGGUAAAUAAUCGUCUAUUAUAUCAUGUCGUAUAAUUGUAUCGAGGAUUUUAUUGUAACGGUUGUUAUAUUAUUAUCGAGUAAUAAUAUUUAUCGAACGGUUAUUUUUUGAAUAAAAUAUACGUAUAAUGCAUAUGCAUAUGUAUUCAAGUGCAUCUGUUAAAUUUAAAUUUUUUUGUAACAGUACACGUGGACGUGCAUACUAUAACGCUGUAUCGUACAAAAUUAAUUUUACAAAAUCAAUAUCCCUGUACACGGUUUUUGCGUAUAAUUAGAUAAUGUUAUAGAGAUUCACUUUGUUAUUAUUGUUAUUUGUAAUUUUUAUGAAACUAUAUUAAAUUAUAUUACAU